AUGCCAAAAUAUGCUAAGUUCCUAAAAGAACUUCUCACAAAUAGAAAGAAGAUGGAGGAAGCAUCCAAGGUGAUCCUAAAUAUGAACUGUUCAGCCGGAAUGUUAAACAAACUGCCAAAGAAAAUGGGUGAUCCGGGUAGCCUAACCAUUCCUUGCCAAUUCGGGAAUUUAGCCACUAGCUAUGCAUUAGCCGAUUCGGGGGCAAGUGUGAACCUCAUGCCAUACUCUUUCUUUAAAAAGAUAAACCUUCCGAAUCCGAGACCAAUCCAAAUGGAAAUCCACUUAGCGAACAAGACGGUGACAUUCCCAAGAGGUAUAUCUGAAGAUUUAUUGGUAAAAGUCGAUAAGUUUGUCUUCCCGACAGAUUACAUUAUGCUAGAUAUGGAGGAGGAUCAUCAAGUACCAAUAAUCCUCGGAAGACCAUUUUUGAAUACCGUGGGUGCCAUAGUCGACAUACGAGACUCAAAGCUUACCCUUAGGGUGGGGGAAGACUCGAUUAUUUUUGGAAUGGAUCAAGCCAUGAAACAUUUGAAGUUUAGUGAUGAUACGACUUUUUUAGUGGAUACCUUGGAAGAAUGGAAAGAAGAAGAAACAAGUAAACAUAAUUUGACUCUAGAAGAUGAUUUUGAUGCUGAGAGAGAUUUGAAGGAGCUAGAAAGACUUCUCAAAGAAUUAGAAUAUGAAGAACAAAUAAAAAUUGCUGAACAGGAAACUCGAUGA